CCAGGGAGUCUGGGUGCAUGACCUUCUCCUUUCUCUGAGACCCGAUAGUCUGGGUUAUCUGUGUCAUAAGAAGUAGAAAGCCAGAGCUGUGCCCAUGGAGCCCUGCCGGUCCCUGGCUCUGCUUGCUGGCCUCCUGGGCCUGACUUCUUCUCUGAUUGCUCUGAGCACCGACUUCUGGAUAGUGGCCACAGGCCCCAACUCCUCUUCCCACAGCGGCCUCUGGCCGAGGACACAUGAGAUCCAGGUAGCAGGUUAUAUCCAUGUGACACAGAGCUUCUGUAUCCUGGCUGCCCUGUGGAGCCUGGUGUCCGUGGGCUUCCUGAUUUUGUCUUACAGUCCAGCCCUAUCCCUCCCAGGCCGUGGUCCUCUGGUGUCAACUGUCAUGGCUUCUGCUGCAGCUCUCUCCAUAAUAGUGGCCAUGGCAGUGUACACCAGUAACAGAUGGAGCCAGACUCCAUUUCCGCAGGUCCAGACAUUCUUCUCGUGGUCCUUUUACCUGGGCUGGGCCUCCUCUAUCCUGUUCCUCUGUGCAGGCUGCCUGAGCCUGGGUGCUCACUGCAAAACCCCCCGGGCUGGGUACGAAACCUUAUGAACAGAAGGCAAGACAGCAGGGUCAGCAGGAUGCCUGGAGCCUGGUCCUCACAGGAGCCACAGAGAAAAUGCAGGAUUCUGACUCUGUC